CACAAAACAGCAAGCACUUCGCACACACAAAGUAGCAAGCACUUAAAGCCUGGCAAGCUUUCAAACAGGCGUGUUGUUCUAUCUCUUACCAUGGUUAGGACUGGAAAGUCGGUCAGUCCGGUUAAAGCACAAUCCAAACGGCCGAGCGUCCAUACAACCCAGGGCUGACUUCAACGACUAAUAACAGCUAGCGCUAGCUUUAAUGUUGUCCAGGAGGUUUUCUGCUGCGCUAAACAUAUCUCGUAUGCUGUACAUUGUUUUAACACAUAUUUAAAAAGAAAUUCAUUCUUAAGGUUUGCCGGCCUUUUUUACGCCGUGACGAUGUGCCACAAUCACUAUAUGUAGCAGAAACCAGGUUCUCCUACUAGAACCCUGGCCAACUACUAAAAUGUUUUUAGUAGUACUCUGUCAUGUUAACCUAUUUACAAUUGUCUCUGGAUCAUUACCAUGGUUGUUCCAUUGUCAAGAUAUACUUGGUCAUAAUGCAUGUAAUGUGUUUCAGUGUUGCAUGCUGACAUUAAAGAAGAGGUCCCUGAAGAAAACAAUCCUGAUGUGGACCAGCAUCAGCUGGAGCUGCUCUACAUAAAGGAGGAAGGUGAAAGAAACUGUGGCAGCCAGAAAGGAGAGCAAGAGAAUUUGAAGGAGGAGACUGAAGAUACCAGGUUUCCAUCAACUGUUGUUAAUAUGAAAAGUGAAGAGGAUGAAGAGAAACCUCCAUUCUCUAACUAUCAUCAACAGCUAACAGAAGUCAGAGAUUUUACAACCCGCCCUUCAGCUGACUGUAUAGAAGUGAAAAUUAAGGACAGAGAUUCAAAUAUGAAGUCAGUAAAAAAAGGUAGUAAAAGUUUUAAAAGGAAAAAAAAUCUAAAAACCAGCAUAAUAAUCCAGACCGGAGAGAAAUCCUUUAGUUGUGAUAUUUGUGGAAAAAGAUUUUCCAGAAAGUCACAUGUAAAAGAACACAUAAAAGUCCAUACUGGAGAGAAACCUUUUGGUUGUCAUGCAUGUAGUAAAAGGUUUUCCAGAAAGUCCCAUUUAAAAGAACACAGAGUGAUCCACACAGGAGAGAAACCUUUUGGUUGUGAUGUAUGUGGGACAAGGUUUUCCUGGAAGUCAGAUUUAAAAAGACACAUAAAAAGCCACACAGGAGAGAAACCCUUUGGCUGUGAUGCAUGUGGCAAAAAGUAUUCCUCAAAGACAGCUUUAAUUAAUCACAGGGCAAUUCACACUGGAGAGAAACCUUUUAGUUGUGAUUUAUGUGGGGAAAGAUUUUCAAAGAUGUCAUCUUUAAAAGAACACAGAGUAACCCACAAAGGGGACAAACCUUUUGGUUGUGAUGCCUGCAGGAAAAGGUUUUCCUGGAAGUCACAUUUAAAAUUGCAUAUGAUAAUCCACACAGGAGAAAAACUAUUUGGUUGUGAUGCAUGUGGUAAAAGAUUUGCCUACAAGUCAUCCUUAAUUUCUCAUAUGAGAAUGCACACAGGAGAGAAACCUUUUGGGUGUGAUACAUGUGGCAAAAGAUUUUCUGGAAAGCUAGGCUUAAAGUCACACAUGGGAACCCACACAGGAGACAAACCCUUUGCUUGUGAUGCUUGUGGAAAAAGAUUUUCCCUUAGGAACCAGUUAAAAAGACAUAUGAAAACCCACACAGGAGACAAACCCUUUGGUUGUGACACCUGUGAAAAAAGAUUUUCACUCAGGAAUCAGUUACAGAGACACAUGAAAACCCACACAGGAGAGAAACCUUUUGGUUGUGGUACAUGUGGGAAAAGAUUUUCCUGCGAGAUAAAUUUAAACUCACACACAGUAACACACACAGGAGACAAACCCUUUGGUUGUGAUGCUUGUGAAAAAAGAUUUUCCCUUGAGAAUCAGUUAAAGAGACAUAUGAAAACCCACACAGGAGAGAGACCCUUUGGUUGUGGUGAUUGUAGUAAAAGAUUUUCCAGAAAAUCAGACUUAAGUAGACACAUGACGAUUCACACAAGAAAGAAACACUUUGGUUGUGAUGUUUAACAAAAUAGGCAGCCGACUCAGAAGGAUGUGUAGCAAAAAGAACUUACAAAUGGACAUUAGGAUCUGAGACAAUGUAAAUGAUUUAUGAUGAGAUCAGAACCUGUGCAACCAUUAGCAUGUUGGCAACACUUAAUAGAUGUUGUUGGACGAAACAGAGCUAAUGCAGUCUAAGAGCAGCUGGGAUUAAGGAAGUGAUCUAUUAUCUGGGUUGCAGUGGUCUGUUGCUGAAAGAGCUCACCAGUUCAAUGAGCAUGGGGUGUAGUCAGGGCUCUGACUAGUAAGUGCUUUCAGAUUUUUAAAUUUACUCUGAGCAAUAGGUAGCCCACGUAAGGACCUCAGAAUGGGAGUAAUAUGAUGAUCAUACUUUGUUUUUGUAAGGACUGUGUUGUGCAAUCAAACCAUGACGAAUAACAUCAGACUAAAGUUUAAAGCUACUGAAAUGUGAGAUUUUUACAGGCCCCCAGGGGACUGCCUCUCACAGCAGGGGGACUCACUGUAUAAAGACUUGCUGCCCAGUUUUAUCGCUCUCUUUUACUCGCUGCCCUAGCAGCAUUGGGGAGAAACUUCUCAUCUUCCUCAGUGGAGCAGAGGAUCCAGCUGGAGUUUGCAGAAUCGCUACAUAUGCAGGCUGGUAAAAA